CUUGCCGAGGUCAGACGCUUGAGUACCAGACAAAGGAUAGAUGAUGAUGAAGAUGACCUGGUGGCAGCGGCAAAGCCAGAACCAGAGCCGGGACCCGAGGAGAGAGUGUUCCAGAAGAAAGUGUAUCUUCAUACAUCACCAUACCUGAGAGCAGAGUCUGAUCUAACCAGAGAUGGCAGCUGAACCACUGCCCUUCUCCUUUGGGACACUGUCUAGCUGGGAGCUAGAGGCCUGGUAUGAGGACCUGCAAGAGGUGCUGUCCUCCGAAGAGAAUGGAGGAACAUAUGCCCAACCCCCUGAAACAGAACAGGAAGAACUGAAAAGCUUUACUACUCUUGAUCCAGCCUCCCUGGUCUGGCUAGCUGAGGAGCCUGGGCCAGGGGGAAUCACAAGCAAUGGUCAGAGCCCUUGCUCUCCCGAGUCCAGCCAGAGCUCACUGGCCCAGGAAGAAGAGGAGGAGCAGGCUGAACGAGGAAGAAAUAGGAAACGGAGACACAGUGAGCAGUCCCCUGCUCGAGGUCGGAAGCAAAGCGUGAAAGAAAAGGAACAGGAGAACGAACGAAAGGUGGCUCAUCUGGCUGCUGAAAAUGAGAGACUGAAACGAGAGAUCGAACGACUGAGCAAGGAGGUAGACAUGACACGACAGGCCCUAAUUGACCGCAUGGUCAGCUUGCCCCAGUCAUGAAUGGCUGGGAGCUGGAGGCCUUGCUCUCCAGUAUGUCCCCUUUCCCAGGUGCCAAUCAGCAACCACACGAGCUCCAAAGGGAAGGUCCCACACCAUGUAUAUAGAUGUUAUAUUUAUUAUCUCUGACCCGCUGCAUUAAAAUGAUUUAUACUCAAUCAUAUCAAA